AUGUACAAGGACGAGGAGGGCAACUUCAACGGCAAAGUCGUGCGAGGAGCUGCAUCGCGAGUCGGUCCUCGUGAAGCCCGUCAACACGAGAACACCCCAUCAAGAAGUUCGAUACCAGAAGAGAACUCGAGGUGGCGAGACGCAGAGAAGUUUGUGGCCUGGAAAUUCGGCGGCCAGAGAUACGACGAACGCGAUCAAGUGCUUCUGCUUGCCGAGGACAAGCCGCGCUUCAAGAAGUCUGGCCGUGGCGAUAUUCCUGACAGCGAUUCAGACUACCACCGUGCUCAAAACAAGGAUGGCCACGCCGAUGUCAAGACCAAGGACUCUGAUCUAGACCAUUUCCAGCCCAACGGUAAUGCGUCCAAGGCUGGCCGGCCGUGGAAGAAAGAAGGAUCCGACGAGGACGGUGUCGACAUGGACGACAUCAAAAAGCAGGUCGAGCUGAUCGCCAGGGAGUUCGGUAACGUUCGCAACGUCGUCCAUGUCGACACCGUCCAUGAUGAGAUGCGCCUCAUCUUCCGUAUCGAGUUCGACUCCAUCGACGCCGCACAGCGCGCUAUCCAGUCUCUUCGUCGCACUCCUGUUAUCCGCAUGUUCGUCAACGCACCUAAGGCGUAUUCCAAGCGGAAGGAUAUUCCAGAUGUAACGAUCAGAACCGGGAGGGAUCCUGCCACUGACCCGACUAUCGAGCUGGUUCGAACGCGAUCGCAACCGCAACGUGGAGCGCAUCUUGAACGCGAUCGCAACCGCAACGUAGAGCGCAUCUACAACGCGAUGGUCAGCGGCGAUCAUGCUAGAGACAACCCCAAAUCAACCGCGCGGAAGAGAUGGAUCGAAGAGCCACAUUACCAGUCCGACUUUUGGGAAAUAGCAAGAGGCCGAACGCGAAAGGUCACAGUGUAUGAAUGGUAA